AUGUCACAGCCUCAUUGUAGCAAGAUAACAACUGUAAAAAAAUUAAAUCAUUUUUCAGUCCCAGAAGUAGUACCGUACAUAAAGGAAAUCGAACAGCUCUUUCAAGGAAUUCCUGAGGCCGACGUAUCUGACAUUAUUCCACCGUAUCGCUCUAUAGAAAACCAUUUCUUAGUGUCUCCGAACUAUAAACUGGCAACAUGCGAAAUCGAGAAAAAUAUGCUUACAAUUCGACGGUCGAUAUUUUGUUAUCUGACCAAUACCACGGAUUUUAUUGCACAGAAUCGAUCAAUCAGUACAGAAUUCUGGAACGAUUGGUUAUGUGAUGAUACUUUUGUCUACGACAGCAUAGACAGCGUCGGAAAAGCGUACGGUACCAACCUAACGCUUUUCACUGUGAUUCGUCAUCCCAUCGAUCGAUUUCUCAGUGGAUACGUCGAUAAAUGUAUGAAGUAA